GUGUGUGUGUGUGUGUGUGUGUGUGUGUGUGCGCGUGCGUGCGUGCGUGCGUGCGUGCGCGCGCGCGCAGCGAAUAAUAUAGAGAAUUUAUGUCCUAUAACAUUUCAGAUAACAAUUAUAUGAUAAAACUCAUUAGCUUAUAUUUGAAGAAGAUAAUACUUGAAGAAGUUUUAAAUUAAAUGUUUAUCCGCAAUUUAUGUUUUAGUACUUAUAGUGAUGCAGAUAGUGAUUAAACUUACUUGAUUUACUGAAAAGCAAUUUCGAAUAACGAUAUUUCUCAAUAUAUACUACGAUGUAGUUUUUAAAAUAACAAUAAUGAAAAUUCUCAACCAUCAAAGAGUUUCAUGUAACUAACUUCCAAGCAUUUUUAUAUUUGAACAUUUUAAAAAGUAAACUAUUUAGUAUUUUAUUUCGCAGAAUCAUUGUCUGAAUACAAAUUUUAUUUUACGAAGUAAUGUCAAAGUGCUGAAUUGCUAUUCCCAUCGAUAGUGUGUAACUGUCUUACAUUAUAUCCUAUUAUAUUGAAUUAGAAGAAUUGCCAUUCUUGCAUAGAAAAAUGCUUAAUCGAUAACUGAAAGUAGGAAGGGGUAAGCGGCGCUCGUCGUCGCCUUCUUCACUGUCAUUCGUACGCCGAACUUUGUGAAGAGAUGGUCCGUCUCGAGGAUCAAUAUUUCAACAUCAAUAGAAUUCUUUUAAUCGCUAUUGGUUUGUGGCCUUAUGAACAAACAAAAUUUGCUCGAUUUCAAUUUAUUUUCUUCUGUGCUAAUCUGAUGGCACUGAUUAUAUUUCAAUUUACAGUACUUUUGACUUCAAAAUGUACUCCGGAUGUCAUCAUUACAGUGCUUUCUUUUAUGCUUCUUAACAUUAUUGUCAAAAUACAAUACAUCUCGUUCGGUAUUAAUAUCAAAGUAAUAAAACAAUUACUGGUACAAAUCCGGAAUAUAUACGGAAAGUUGAAAGAUGAAAAUGAAAUUGCUAUUGCAGAAAAAUAUAAUUAUAAGGCGAAAUGUUAUACGACUAUACUUACAAUGAUUGCUGUAUGCAGCCUAUUCAUACUUAUCAUUUCUCAAACUUGGAUGGACAUAUGUGAUGUUGUUUUACGAAUUAAUACAUCUCGGUCUCAUAACUUAAUGAUAAUGACGGAAUAUUUUGUCGAUCAAGAAAAGUACUACUAUUUUAUUCUACUACACAUAAAUGUUACAGUUUCCAUCGCAAUAUUUUCAGUAAUGGCAAUGGGAACAAUGUUUCUUACAUUCUUUCAAUAUUCAUAUGGGAUGUUCAGAAUUGCCAGCUAUCGCAUAGAACAUUCAUUAGACAUGGAUACAUUAAAAAGUAACAUGAAAAACGUAAAUCUUGUCUCCAAGAAAAUAAUUUGCGCUAUAGUUAUUCAACGGCAAGCGAUGAAUUUGCCGAAAUUUCUGGUAAACAAAUUCGAAUUAAUGAUGUUUUGUCAAGUAAUAAUAGGAGUGACUACUUUAAGUCUCAAUAUGUUUCAAGCUUUUCAGAUUGCAUCAUUUGGGAAUGAUAUUAUAGAGGUAGUACCGCAUCUUAUCUAUGUAUUUGCUAUUACUUUAUACAUGUUCGUUUCAUGCUAUAUUGGACAGGAACUCACGGAUCAUAGCAAAGAAGUAUUUCUUGCCGCGUACAAUAUUCAAUGGUAUUUAAAUCCUGUACGAAUACAGAAAUUGAUACUGUUCCUGUUACAAAGGGGCAUUACAGAUUUUAAUGUUACUAUUGGUCGAUUAUUUAUUCCGUCCUUUGAAUGUUUUGCCAUGCUCAUAAAAACAUCGAUGACUUAUUUUACUGUUAUACAUUCUACACGCUAACACAGCAAGAAUAAAUCAAAUAGCAAUACAUUGGUAAUAUAGAUGAUAAUGAAAAACAACAAUGUAUGUGUAUGUACAUGCGUGCGUCAUGUGCUUUACAGAAGAGAAAAUUUUUAUAUUUCUUGUAUAUCAUAAAUUAAAUCGUUGUUGCAAAUGUAGCAAAA